UCGAUCGCACAAUCCUCAAUUCUUCGACGCAAACCGUCACAGAUCAUUUGUCGUGGGCCAAAAGCGCAAUGGCAAGCGGCGGCACAUCACGGGAUCAGGACGAGCGCGCCGGGGCGGAGAUUGUGCAUGGUUCGGAAGAGUGCUAUCGUCACUCGGUCGAGCUCUUGGCAGAGCUAGGGUUCCCUAGAGGCGUUCUUCCCCUGCAGGACCUCGAAGAGUGCGGAAGAGUUCGAGAAACGGGGUUCGUCUGGAUGAAACAGAAGGCCCCGUACGAGCAUUUCUUUGCUGGGACUAACACCCGAGUGAGCUAUGCUUCAGAGGUGACUGCGUACGUGGAGAAGUUGAAGAUGAAGAAGAUGACCGGAGUCAAGAGCAAACAGGCCGUAUUUUUGUGGGUGCCCAUAACUGAGAUGAGCAUGGAAGAUGCAUCAAGCAAGAAGAUCUAUUUCAAAACACCAAUGGGGAUUGGCAAAUCUUUUCCCAUUACAGCCUUCAUGAAUGAGGAAGAGAAGAAGAAGUAUCUGGAGAAGGCGAAUGGUACUGAUCAAUGAAGGAAGGAACGAAAACUUCUUCAUAAUUAUUCUGCAGCUAGAUUUUCUUUUGUUGUUGAACAAUCUCUUACUGUUUUUAUUUCGUACUCUGUUUGUCUUUUGAAUCAGUUUCAUUUCACCGACUGCAUCAAUAUAUAUAUUUAAGCGUUUGCUCGAUCUUAGUGGAUCGCAAUCAAUAAUCCAAUAUUUCUUUGUCAUUUUGUCCUA